UGCCACAAAGCUGCGGCAAUAAACUGCAAUUCUCUGAAUAGGUAUUAAGAUGAAUUGCUGAUGGAGAACUGAAGACAACUGUUAAAAAAGGCAACAGUUGAAGUAGUAGCAUUUAUCUAGUUCAACAAAUUUAAGAGACUCAAGUCUAUUUUGGAAUUUAAACCAACAGUACACGGUGGGCAUGUAACCUCAGAACAUGAAUUUCAUAGGCUGCUUGAUCCAGCAAUUAAUGCAGACCAAAAAACUAUCAUCCUAUUCCUCCAGGAAACGUUGAGUAUGGAAGACUUCAAUUAUUUCAGUUCUUUCAGUGGAUCUGAAGACAUAUUCUAUAAUGUGAAGGCAUUAUUGAAUUCCUCACCGUCUUCUUUAGUUCUACCAGCAGUGAACUGGAAAACAAUUCACCAUCUCCCAGGUUACUUUAAAAACCAGGCAAACUGGAACUUAAUCAGAGCUGAUGCUCUCAGUUUAUCAUCUGUGGAACUGGAGAAAGAAAAGUCUAACCUUAUCAUAGUAAAAUUACUGCCAGUUCCAAGAUCAAGUAAAACAGCUGCUGCUAAAGCCUUCUCUGAAAAUGAUAAAGUAAUUGGAAGGCUCACAAAAGAACUGACAAAGAGAGACAUUGAUUUUAUUGGGAUUUACACUGGAAUGAAACCAUCCCAGGUUUUACAAACUUUUGAGAUGACAGCAAAAACAGGACGACAGCUCAAGAGCCUUGAUACCACUGUACAGUACCCGCCACUAAAUGUGACAAAUGGAACUGACAACACAUGUAUUUUAAUAUAUGCCCAAAAAAUACUGAUCACAGCAAAUAAUUCACUGGUUUUUGACUUAACAAAUAUGACAUUUGAGGCUAAAACAGCAAAUACUUCAUUAUCUACGUGUUCUGAAUCCAAUACUACAUUGUCAUUGUUAUAUUCUUCUCCUGGAAAUGGAAUUGGAAGCCUUGAAAUAAGGUUUGUGAUGACUAACCAAUUCUACACUGGCUCGGCUAGAAACUGGUUCAAGUUACAGUCUGUUCAAAUAAUCUCAGAUGGAGACGUGUCCAGAACUGCCAUAUUUAACACUACGUAUGCCUCAACACCAGCAGAGUAUUCGUACCACUGUCAGCAAAUAGGAACAAGCUCUCUUUAUGGAGAACGGUUAAUUAGAAGCAACUCACAAGCAGGGAGCUGGGAUAUAUUCAUUUCUGAGUUUCAAAUUCAAGGAUUUAACAUCAAGAAUAAUCUCUUUUCUUAUGCAAGUGACUGUGCCUCUUUUUUCACUCCAGCGAUAUGGAUGGGCCUUGUAUCCUCUAUUGUUUUAUUAUGGAUCCUGUCUUAUGGGAUUUUCAUGAUUAUGCAGCUAACAACAAAUGACAAAUUUGAUGAUCCAAAAGGUCAACCAUUGUCUGUUCCUCAAACAGAAUAACAACCUGUGGGAUGACUUGUAUUUCCUAUCAAUGUUAUUCUUUUGUAGCUAUGCAGCUUUUUAUUCCAGUAGCUAUUCUGUCAAAGAUAAAUGACAUUCAAUGUCAUUAAUAGUGAAAGAAGACAGGCAGGUAUAUAAAUAAUGCAAUAUAUCCUACUUAGAUCCAAGUCAUGCAGCUUUCCUCUAGAUAUUCCACUCCAGAUGUCUGUAUCUGUCUUAAUCCAAGUAGAAUCCAGGCUUGUUUUGAAUGAUACUUCAGCUGGGGUUUCUUGUAAAUGAAAACAAAUUCACACAAAAUAAUUUAAAAAGGCCUUUUGUAUUAACAAUAAACCCACCUGUCUUUGUUCCAGAAACAGCUGCCUGUAAACUUACAUUUAUUUUAUUCUGUAUUUUGCAUACAGUUCUGUCAGAAAAGGGUAAUUGUUUACUUAACUGUUCAAAUUAAAGAUGAAUAUGUAUUAAUUAUUAA